GUGCUCGGUGUAAUUUACCCCGUAUUAAUAAUAAAGAGAGUGAUUUGGGGAAGAAAGGAGGAGGAAGAAGAAGAAGAAGAUGAGGAUCGUCAAGACCAUUGAUUCUUCUCAGAACCCCACUCUCUGUGGAUUCUGGGUCGUUGAAGCUUAUCCCAAAAGGUGCUCCUCCAAGAUCCCCUCCGAUUUAGUCCUCUUUCUGGGCCUUGGCUUCAUAGAUUGGUAAUAUUUUUCCGCUAGGGCCUUUUAGAUUUUGUGAAUCUCAUCUCUUUCUUUUCUGGUCUGUAAUAUUUUGGGGACUGGAAAUUUCCUUAUGGAGGUUCUUGGAUUGAGUUUGUAUAUCUCUAGAGUCUUCUCCCAAAUAUGGACAGGGAUUGAAGGGAUUUACGAUUUAAUUUAGUGUUUGUUCUAGGAUUCAAUAGGUUUUUGUCUAUUUUUGAUAAUUUGGGGUUUCUAAAUCUAGUUUUAUUUCCCUGAUUUCGUAGUUAUCGAUGGUUAAUAAACUAUUUCUUUCAGCAGUUGAUGGGUUGAGGUGUUCGAAAAUUUCCGAUUUUUGUGGACUUUAACGUGGGGUUUUGUGGGAAAAAAAAUACUAUUUUGAAGAAUACGUAUAGGUUUUAUUGGGGAUGGACAGGGAGGGGAUAUGGCCAGUGAUAUGGUAGUGGUGUUUAUAAGAUUUUUAUUUUGUUGAGUUGCUCGGUGGAUGAAAAUUACAAAACCCACUAGUGAAAAUUGUUCCCUAAGACCAAGGGACCCAAGGUCAUUUGAAAUGGUAGAUUCACGUAUCACAGCUUUGUCAAUGGAGAAUCAUCACCCUUCUACCCUCUUGUCCAUGGAUUCAAGUGCCUCUUCAUCUCAUGAUGAGUUGGACCUUGAGAUGAAUCGCCAAGGUGUACUUACCCGGCCCCCUGAUAUCAAUUUACCUCUAUCAGCUGAGCGCAGCCCACCUCCGCAGCCAUGGAACUCAGACCCUUGUGAAAUGCUUGAUGUUGGGCUUGGUCCCCAAGUCUACGAGACAGAGAGUUUUCUCACUGCCCCCAAGGCUGGACGAAAAUGUGCAAAAAGGGUUGAUAGUAUCUGGGGUGCCUGGUUUUUCUUUAGUUUUUACUUCAGGCCUGUUUUGAAUGAUAAAUCCAAAGCAAAGAUUGUAUGUGAUAGUAAUGGAGUUUCAGGGUUUGAUAAAUUGGAUCUCCAUCUUGAUAUUUUCAUGGUCCAGCACGAUAUGGAGAAUAUGUACAUGUGGGUUUUCAAGGAAAGGCCCGAGAACGCACUGGGAAAAAUGCAGUUAAGGAGCUAUAUGAAUGGCCAUUCUCGGCAAGGAGAGCGCCCCUUUCCAUUUAGUGUUGAUAAGGGUUUUGUGCGAUCUCACAGGAUGCAAAGAAAGCAUUACAGGGGUCUCUCAAAUCCCCAGUGUAUUCAUGGAAUUGAGGUUGUCAGCUCCCCUAAUCUCGUGUGUCUCUCUGAAGAUGAACGAAAAAGGUGGGUGGAACUCACAGGGAGGGAUUUGAACUUUACUAUCCCCCUUGAAGCUAGCAAUUAUAGCUCCUGGAGAAAUCUCCCAAAUACUGACUUCGAGCUUGAAAGACCACCUGCUUCAAUUAAGAGCAACCCAAAUCCCAACCCAAAGAAACUGCUUAAUGGAUCUGGGCUGAAUUUGUCAACUCAGCCGUCUAACAUCAGCAAUGGUGAUCGAAUGGACUUAUCACCUGUCAACAAGAGGCAGAAGGACUUCUUCCCACAUGGGAAUGAUGAUGAAUGUUUCUUGGCUGUUAAUCCUCGUGCAGAUCGUGUUCCAGAAGUGGAAAUUCACCCACAUGAGCCACGCUGGUUGAGUGACUUCAGUGGGGUGAUGAGAAAUGUUUAUGGGCCCGUCACAGCUGCAAAAACAGUUUAUGAGGAUGAAGAGGGUUAUUUGAUCAUCAUCAGCUUGCCCUUUGUGGAUCUCCAAAGGGUGAAAGUUUCUUGGAGGAACACUGUCACUCAUGGGAUCAUUAAACUAUCUUGUUCAAGCACUUCUCGCAUGCCAUUUAUCAAGAGACGUGACAGGACUUUCAAGCUUACAGAUCCAUCUUCAGAGCACUGUCCUCCAGGGGAAUUUGUCAGAGAGAUCCCACUUUCAACUCGAAUUCCUGAAGAUGCUAAUAUAGAAGCGUAUUAUGAUGGGCCAGGAUCAGGGCUUGAGAUCAUGGUGCCAAAACUCCGAGAGGGGCCAGAAGAGCACGAGGUUCGUGUUUGCCUUCAUCCUCAUCUAGUGAAAAAUGAUCUUAUGUUGGCCUGAUGGGCAGUUCCUAGCAAACUGUAAGGGUGAUGCUUCAUUCUUCACUAACUCUGUACUGCAUAGUUGAAUCUAUGGGAAAACAGGCAUCUCACAACCAUUUUGGAUAUUAGUUCACUAAUUGCUAGUGGUUGCUUCUCCCAUGCUUUUGAUUGUAAUAAACUUUCCAUAUUUAAUCUUAAAUUGUCUGUUUUUAUGCCGUUA